GGAACAACAGGUUGGAGCAGAGCACCGCGGAGGAUCCGAGCAGGAGAAGCUGCAGGGGGGCUUCCAACUGACGAGAGGUUUUAUUGUCACCGGCUGUCUCUGAGCACACACACACACACACAUACAAACACAUGGCGAACCCGCGAUCCAGCACGCUCGUCUUGACGGAGCAGGAGGAGCUUCAGAGAGGAGCCAAUCGGAUCAUCGAUGAGUCCCUGGAGAGCACACAGAGGAUGGUCCAGAUGGUGGAGGAGAGCAAAGACCUGGGGAUCAGGACGGUGGUCAUGCUGGACGAACAAGGAGAGCAGCUGGAGCGCAUCGAGGAGGGCAUGGACUCCAUCGACAGGGACAUGAGGGAGGCGGAGAAGAACCUGACAGACAUGGCGCAGUGCUGCGGCCUGUGCGUCUGGCCAAUCAGGAAGCUGAAGGCGUUUGAGCAGAGCGGUGCGUACAAAGCUAUUUGGGGCGGAGCCUCCAACCAGGACGGCGUCUUGUCCAAUCAGCCUCCGUCGUCUCGAGUGGUGGAUGAGAGAGAGCAGAUGAUGAUGAGCGGAGGAUACAUACGGAGGGUGACCCACGACGCCCGUGAGGACGAGAUGGAGGAGAACCUGGCUCAGGUGGGCGGCCUGGUGGGGAACCUGAAGAGCAUGGCGCUGGACAUGAGCAGCGAGAUCGACGCCCAGAACCAGCAGGCGGACCGGAUCCGGCUCAAGGCGAUGCACAACAUGUCCCGCAUCGACGCCGCCAACCAGAAAGCCAACAACCUGAUGAAGCGAUAGGCCGCCGCCGCCGCCACGGCCACCACCGCCACCACCGCCACCACCGCCCCGCUCCCGCCACCGCCCCGCUCCCGCCCUGAUCCCGCCACCGCCCCGCCACCACCCCGCUCCGCCCCGCUCCGCCACCGCCCCGCUCCCCCGUUUUCAUGUCACACUGAUGAAAUGUAGAUUUCUGUGGUUUCCCCAUGAUUGUGGUGUCGUGUUCGCUGUUUGAUUUGUUUGCAGAGCCCGGCUGUUCUGCAGCCUUCAUGACCAAAAACAAACAUUUUUGAGACUUUCAGUCAAGUCAAGUUGUUCAAACCACAUUUAACCUUCAAAACGAGGCGACGGCAGCUCAGGAAGCUUCUUAUAUGGUUUUGAUGCACAAACAAAAACUUUAUCGUAUGAUGCAUUUAAGAAGUUAGGGUUCAGAUUAGAGAACAUUUUAUUAUAUUUAACCUUUUUUUCUACUUGAUUUUAACGGUUUUGUUCCUAUUUUCAAGCAUUUUUCAUUGACAAUUAUGGAAAUUUAGUAUUUUUUACCUCCUUUUAAGCAGUUCUCAUGCUUUUUUCCGAACAUAUUUAUGCGCUUUUAGAAAUCCUAGACGUUUCACAUUUUUUUAAGACUUUCUAUCACUUUUUCCCCCUUUCUUGCGGUUUUAGCUGGUUUUUUUCUAAUCUUUCUUGAACCUUUAUUUGAGUCUCUUUUGAACCGAGAGUGACGGAUCGUUUGGAACAGCACUGUGGUGU